UGCAUUGCAGUUAAUAUUUAAUAAGGCAAUGGCGCAACGGAUGUGGAAAUCAGUUCUGGUUCAGACAUCCGAAGCAUAGAUAAAGUAGACUUUGCACUCAAUCUCGAGAGGCAGAAUGGCCGCUACACGAGUAGCUAAACAAGCGCUUAGAAAAGAAAUAAAGCGUCGGGUCGCACUCUUAAGUCAAGAGGAGAAACAGCGACAGUCUUUAAUUGUUUGCCAAAAGCUCAUCAGACACCCAAAAUAUGUGGCUUGUAAACGUAUUGCAGUAUUUCUCAGCAUGGAUGAUGAAGUACACACCGAGGAAAUCAUCAAAGAUGUGUUUGAAGUGGGUAAAAGCUGCUUCAUCCCCAGAUAUGACCAUAGCAGCAAUCACAUGGACAUGCUGAAGCUCAACAGUAUGCAGGACAUGACCUCAUUGCCCAAGACGUCUUGGAAUAUCCUACAGCCCGCCGAGGAUGACAAGAGCAGAGAAGAUGCAUUUUCUGGAGGGGGUCUGGAUCUCAUUUUGAUGCCCGGUCUCGGGUUUGACCUGUCUGGAAAGCGUCUGGGCAGGGGCAAGGGUUUCUAUGACACUUACCUGGAGCGCUGCCUCCGGCACCCCAGAGGGAAGCCCUACACCAUCGCUUUGGCCUAUAAAGAGCAACUGUGUCAGGAUAUCCCUGUUGACGGCAAUGAUGUGCUCAUUGAUGAAGUCCUUUAUGAAGAUAAAAAUUAAGCAUUUUGGUUAUUUAUGCUGCUCAGCAUAAAUAAACAAAAUGUUUAAUUUGCACUGUUUCAUGCAGUUGCGUGGAUCUUUGCAUUAAAACAGCAGGAUGACAGAGGUGAGUAUGGCUGUGACUCAGCAGGUCAUGUGUACUGAUGAUCCAAUCUGCAGUGUCCUUGAGUUUAUGCUUACCCAGAAGUCAUUCGCUCGUUCAAAACGCUAACUGGUACAACAGAACUGUAACUCAUGCAGGGAUGUGCAGGCCGGUGAGGAAGAGUAAAAAAAGUAAACAAUAAUUAAAUACAAUUAUUUUCGAUCA